UUGAAUCAGGACCCCUGUUUAAUCGGUCAAGCUCUGUCAUCAUAAAUGUGUAUUACGGAACCUUUUUGUGUGAGGCCAAAAGUAAACUCAUUGGAACGAGCGGUGUUAACAAAUCUAAAUGCAAUGAGUGGAGAAUCUCCUUCGAGUUUCAGGGAAAUAAACGAAUCUUCCAGAAGACAAAAAACUCGGCAUUCGCUGCAACCUAUUAUACAUGAAUCACAGAUUAAAGACACGAGGCUAACACAAUCGCAGGGCUAUGGAAGACGACAGCGCUCUAAACUCAACCCGUUGGUCUUAAAAGUUCCUUCGAUUCCCGAAGACGAGGAAGUUAAUAAACCUUCCACGCCCUCAAACGAUCAGUUUAAUACUUUUGAAAAAUCAGAACAAAAACGAAAAAACAGUGAAACCAGGAUCGCGAAUAAUCGCCAAAAUUCAUCUGCAUCAGAUAACUGGUCUCAAACACGACGAGACUCUCACCAUGAUACUCUCGAAAGGCCCUCUCAUCAGAGAACGCGCAUAACUAAUUCUUCGAUUAGCAGUACUGUAAAUCCUCAGGUUCAAAAAGAGCAAUAUUGGUGGUUUUCAAAAAGACCGUUUCGUAAAACAUCUAUCUUAAUUUGUAUUAUAAUAGUAUUAUCAAUUAUAAUUUUAAUAGAAUCAUUGUUUAUUGUAAUUUAUUGACAUUAACCGUCACAGAUAUUGAUUUUCUUCUUCAUAAGUACUUUAACACACGUAUUUUGUUAUAUAAAAUACACUACAUUGUGAUCUUUUUGUAUUGACUAAUUGUAAGUAUUUGUUGUUUGCUUAAUUUUGUAGAAAGAAUAUUGGAGGGCUAAAUAAACAAUUUUUACGAA